AAUCUAGCCACAACUGAAUAUAUUGAUGUAGGAAGUGAAACAGGAAAAUGUGUAGCGACCAAAAACAGUUAUUACCAUGAUACUACUUAUUGCAUUUCUAGAAAUGACAUUGAUACACUUUUAACGAACAAUAAAAUGGUCAAUCGAUGAUGGAAUUUAAAAAGGAAAGUGUCGACAUCAAGUAUGAAAUCGGUGACGAAAUCGGGAAGGGACAGUUUGCCACCGUAAGGCGAUGUCGGGAGCGUGCUAACGGCUAUGAGUUUGCCGCCAAGUUCAUUCGCAAGCGCCGUGGCGGGGGUCGACGUGGAGCCAAGAUGGACGACAUCGAGAAGGAAGUGGAGGUCCUUAGUGAGACGAGCCACAGAAACAUCAUCAACCUGUAUGAAGUGUAUGAGACUAACCGGGAGGUCAUACUGAUUCUAGAGCUUGUUGACGGUGGUGAGCUGUUUGAGUACCUCUCUUCGAAGGACCGGCUCUCUGAAGAAGAGGCCUCCUCCUUCCUCAAGCAGAUACUGAACGGUGUGGAGCACCUGCAUUCCAAAUACAUAGCACACCUGGACUUGAAGCCUGAGAACAUUCUUCUGCAAGAAAAGAACAGCACAGCAGUGAAACUUAUCGAUUUUGGACUGUCAAGGAAAAUAGGACCAAAGGAGGAGCACAGAGCUAUGAUGGGAACAGCCGAGUUUGUCGCUCCGGAAGUUGUGAGUUUCGAACCCCUGUCCCUAGCGUCGGAUAUGUGGAGUAUCGGUGUCAUCACAUACAUACUACUGUCUGGGGCCUCGCCGUUCUUGGGUGACAACCAGCAGGAGACCUACCACAACAUCACGGCGGUGAACUAUGAGUUCGAUGAGGAGUACUUCAGCAGCACCAGUGAGCUGGCCAAGGAUUUCAUACGACAACUGCUUGUUAAGGACCCAAGGAAAAGGGCUACAAUCAGGGACUGCCUUAAUCAUCCCUGGAUCAAGCCCAAAGAGAAGAAACAGAAGGACCUGCGUCGUUCCUCCAUCAUCAACACGGAGCACCUGAAGAAGUUCAUUGCCAGGCAACGAUGGAAGAAGUCCAUGAGGAUAGUGUCCAUGUGUAACCGCCUGUCACGCAGCAUGCAGCUACGCAGAAUGCACAGCUCCGACACACUGGGCAGUUGCUCUGAAGAAGACAAGGCGGAGAACUUUGUGCAGGCUGCGCUGUUUUGUGCCUCGGAGGAAGGCAACGUGGAGGGCAUCAAGAACCUGUCCAACAUGGCACAGAAGAUUGACCUGCACACCGCCAACAGGCAUGGGGAGACGGCGGUUCAUAUGGCAGCUGGUGGGGGUCACACAGAGGUCAUACGCUUUCUGCAGUCUAAAGGGGCCGAAAUAGGGGCCCUUGAUAAGCAUGGGGACAGUGCUGUGUACUGGGCUGCCAGGCAGGGCCAUGUGGAUGUGAUAUCAUACCUACAUGAGGAAGGUGUACCUCUCGACACACAGAACAAGUCUGGGGAGACUUCGUUGCAUGUUGCCUCGAGGUACGGUCACCUGGCUGUCAUAGAAUACCUGGUCACUGCAGGGGUAGAACUCAACAACCAGGACAAUCUAGGUGAGACAGCCCUACACUAUGCAGCCUGGCACGGGUUCACGCACAUACUCCAUGUGUUGGUGCGGGGUGGGGCCAGCCUGGGGGUACAGAACAAGGACGGGGACUCUUCACUGCACUGUGCUGCGGCACGGGGCCACCUUGAGUGUGUGAAAAUACUCAUAGAGGCUGGCAUCCCGCUAGAUCACAAAGAUAAGGCUGGUUGUACGGCCCUAUACCUAGCCUGCAGUCGACGGCACAGCGCUAUAGCGCUCAUGUUGCUGCAUGCUGGAUGUAGCAUGGACGAUUACGUGGAGGAAGUGGGGGAGUAUGUGAUACACUGUGCCACACGGGAGGGCCUCACCUCUGUAGUACAAACGAUGUGUGCGUACAGCUGCAGGGCGGAGGUGACAACUAAGGACACAAAUGUGACCCCUCUGCACAUUGCCUGUAAGGGCGGAAGUAUUGAGAUGGUCCGCUUCUUGUUGCUCUCUGGGGCGAAGGCAGACACCCCAAACAAAGAUGGGAUCACUCCAGAUAUCAUGGCCCUAGCGGAGGGAUUUACAGAUAUAGCAGAAUUGCUGAACAAAGUCAGAGGGGAGAAAGGGGAGUCCUACAUAAAGCAGCUGAUUCAGUCAACCUUGACCCUACCCCAGAUCAAGGUGAAGUUCCUGGGGUCAACGGGGGUGGGAAAAUCCACGCUUAUUGAGACCCUGAAGUGUGGCCUGUUCAGCAGCUUCUUCCGUAGGUCAAGGGUCACGAGCUCCAGUGCAUCCCCACACUCACCGCAUCCUUUGCUAGGAGGCAAACUGGCCAAAGGGACCAAGUCUAAAAUUCAGCGCCAGUACAGCUUACCUACGCCUCUGUGCUACUCAGUGGGCAACCCACAGUACACUAAGGGCAUCAACAUUCAGCAGGUCAACAUCUCAGGUGUGGGAGACAUCACUGUCUGGGACUUCUCUGGCUAUGAGCCCUACUACAUGCUGUAUGACCACUUCUUGGGGGAGGCAGGCUGCUUGCACGUGGUCAUGUUCAGUCUGGUGGACUCAUUCGACGAGCAGCUUGCUCAGGUCAGCUUCUGGCUCAGUUUCCUCAAGACUCGCAUCACGCCGCUGCUACCUCUUGGUCCAGGUGGGCAGUUUCAAUACCGCCCCAGUGUGGUUCUCAUAGCAACCCAUGCAGACAAGGUGGGCUGUCACAAGAAUGCCCGGGGAGAGUAUGUCAGCCCUGUAGCCAGUAGUAUUCUUGCAAAGGUCCAACAGAGGUUUCACUGUGACCUUGACAUUGUUGAGCGUGUGUUUGUGAUGGACACGCAGGUAGCAAUGUCGUACGAUGUGAAGGCUCUUAAACAGCAACUGUACCAUCAGCGAUCAGCUAUACUUAAGGUGCUAGGGAAGGCGAGCGGUUUCCUGGAGUCGAUGCUGCUGACCCUCCCCUCCUGGCGACGCUCUAGCUCCUCCUAUCCGGUGUUGUCGUGGCAACAGUUCACGGAAUUUGUCAGGUCAAAGGUCAACCCCCUGGUUGGGGACAGCCACAUCAAACACCUGGUGGAGCAGCUGCAGAUAGUUGGAGAGAUAAUAUACCUUGAAAAAGACUCUGGAGAGAGUUUAGUUGUGUUAAACCCAAAAUGGCUGUGUAGUGAUAUUAUCGGGAACCUGAUUUCCCAUGAGAAAAUAGUCCAGUCUAGAAUAACAGGCUGCUUCACAGUGGAUGAAUUCCAAAUCAUGUACCCUGAGACUGAUGCACUGGAUUUACUAAAUGUGCUUGAAGCGUUAGAAGUGUGCACACGAUGUGAAAAUGACGAUGAAAUCGAAUAUGAAUUCCCAUGCCUGAACUUUGUUGAGACAUUAAAUGGUCUCUGGUUGAGAGAUGUGAAACAUUUUGGCAACGCUGUGUAUGGUGGUAUACGAUUGACAUGUCCUGACAGUGUGGCGCAGCUAAAACACAUAUUUCCCCGAAUUCAAACUCAUUUACGGCGUAACAUUCUGCAAGAGAAUGAUGACCCAGAUUCUGACCUCUACCAAUGGCAUCAUGGAUCCAAGUACUGCUGCGGGGACCUGGAGGGUAUGAUAUGUAUGGACCGCCAGGAACAGUAUGUUGAGAUCAAGGUACGUGGACCACCAGAAUCUGCUACCGCCUUGUUCUAUUUCCUUGAAGACUUUGUGAAUACUGCUGAACAAGUGAUAACCCAUGUGAUACCUGGUGUAUAUGUAGAGAAACAAGUGCUUAGCCCUUCUCAACUUAAGGACCACAUUAAAACCACUCAUUGUUAUUCUUCAUCUGAGAUUCUGAGCUCUCAGUUAAAUAAAUGCUCCUCACUGACUCUGCCAGGGGGAAAAACUGAAAAUUUCAUUGACGUCAUGUUCAUGGGUUCGAGUGAAGUGCGUAGCGCAGUGUGCCUGGGAGUGGAUUUGCCGAUAUCGUACCUGCCGAUCCACACCCGUCAGCUGCUGUGUCAGAUCAUGGACCCCCAGGACCCCCUGGGGAGGGACUGGUGUCUGCUGGCUGUGACCCUGGGGCUGGAGACCUGCCUCCCCUCCCUGGACGCCAGCACACACAAGCACGAGAGCAAGACCGAGCGAACCCUCGAGGAGUGGGCCACUGUGGAGCCACACGCUACGGUGGGUCAACUCAUCGGAAAAAUGCGUGAAUUCAAUCGUGACGACGCUGUGGAGAUGCUGCUAAAGAGCUGCCCCCUCUAUAGGACCCUGAUCUAUGAUGAACACAGCGCUGAUGAAAGCGCAACCCCUGCUACCGGAACAGCUUCCACAAACACUCUAUCCAACUUGUCCAGAUGACCCUUGAAUAAUCCUGGUGCUACCUCGGCUUUGAAUUAAAGUCUGAUAUUUUCAUACCGCCGCGUUAGUGUUGCAUGCUCAUAUCUGCUUCUUUUAAGACAUUUUAGAUAGACCCUCUAGGGUGGAUAGAAUUCUAGGGUGGCUUUACAUUGGUAACCAACUGUUGCUUCAAGUGAUAUUUAAUUUGGGUAAAAUCAUUGAUAUUUAUAUUUUUUCAUGUACAAUUGAUGAUACAAAGUAAUGCGAUGAAAUAGACAUUUUAUGAAAAGGUUUACUUUUUUGUACUUUGCACACUUUGACCGUGAACUGUCUGAUUGCCUUUUAUGUUGUUACCUUGAACUUGAUACAGUGAUCAUUACCAUAGGUUACAAGGUCACUUUGUGAAUAAGAAGGGUAUGGUAUUGUCAAGUUGUUAGAGUGAUUGUCCAAAACAACAAUGCCAGUACAGAUGUAUGUUAAAUGUGUAUUUGACAGCAUUUAUUGGUGUAAAUAUUGUAUUGAGAAUUAUUGUCUCUUUUUCCAUUGCAAAUCCAUUUUUGUUAUUGUACAUGUUGAUUUUUUUUUGUAGAAAUGCUUUUGUGCUGCAUCAGAUAUUUGUAUAACUAUGUUCUUGAAGCAGUUAUUGCAUGAUAGCUGACAUGGUACUGUUGAAAAUUCUUUCCGGUGAUUUGCAAAUAUAGAUUUAGAAAUAGUUUCAGUUAGGCUUUCGUUUAAAGUAGAUUGUAUUCUGUAUAUAUUAUUUAAACUGUAAAGGUAUAUUUUUAAUGAACUGCAAUUUGUGGUAGUUUUUUUGUUUUCAAAUUAUUAAAACUUUAUACAUAUUAUUCUUAAUUAUGAAAACAUACUUGGAAGAAAUUUCGUCCUAAAUAACUUUUCAAGACCUAUAUAUUGUUAACACAAUUAAUAAACCUUUAUAAAUUGAGUGCUUUUCCUUUUUUUGAGUUCUUUCAUAAAACACAAGAAACUAAAGAAAUCUCAUACCAUGUUCUAUGAAGUCUUAUCAGCUUGCUCCAAUGUUCAAGGUCCAGUUGAUAGUUUAUUUGAGCCUCGGUGUGGGAAAACAGGGCUUAAUGCAUGUGCUUAAAGUAUUGUCCCAAAUUAGCCUGUGUAGUCCUCACAGACUUAUCAGGGACGACACUUACACUUUUUGAGUUUUUUUUUAUUUUAAGGAAGUCUCAUCUAAACAAAAAUUGAGUGUAGGCGGUAAACAUCGUCCCAGAUUAGCCUAUGUGACUGCACAGGCUACGUUGGUAUGGCACUUUGCGCACAUGGAUUUUGUCCAGUUUUUCAGAUAGUUCGGCUCAUUCGUUUUUUGGCUAUUUAUAUUGUGUUCAUGUUUUUUUGAUGCUUAAAAACUAUAAAAGUUAUUUCAAAAUAAAUAUGAUAUUUUUAAAUGAAUCUCCUGUCCAUUUUAAAUGUUAUUUAUUUUGUUCAUCUGUUAUAAGAUCAACCAUAUUGUUCAUCAAAGUAUUUGUGAAUUUGUUUUAUAUUUUACCUGUUAUUGGUAACAUAUUUUUUCAGUGUAUAACAUGAAGUCAAUUUGGUGUUUUGGGCCAAUAUUAAUAACAUGAAUUUUAUCAUAGAUUCAUUACCUUAAUGGAAUUUUUUUAAAUUCAAUGUUAACUUAAUGAACAGUCACUGUAAGUGUGUUUUACAUAAGAUCUUUUAGGAUAUUUGCCUGCAAUCAUUCAGUAUUUUUAAAGAGGCACCUUAAAUAAACAUGGUUAUAAGGAUUCUAUUUCUACAAUAUUUUAUGUGCAAAGGAGAAAGUUAUUAACCCCUACCCCUCAUUAUGAAGUAAGUGUGGUGAAAUCACCAUGAAUUGUCUGUUGAUACAUCGGUCAGUCUGUCUGUCAUUCUAACUUGCAGGUAUUUUUCGUAAUGUUUUGCAUGUUUGAUUUUUAUUGUCCUACAAAAUAAAAUUACUAAAGUAACGCCUCUGUUUCGAUCUAAGAAUUUAUGAAAAAUUAUUAUAUUUACUAUAAAUUUUUGGGCAAAAAUCUUCAUCUCGAAAACUACAGCAUCUAGAUGUGUUAUAUUUGGUAUAACAUAAUAUAUUGGCCUUCUACUUAAUUUAAUGAAAUCUUGACCUUGGGUUCAUUACUGGCCAUAUUGUUAAGAAUUAUAUCACAAAAUGAGUAACAAAUCAUUUAAUAUGAAACCAAAAGGCCAAUUGGUUUUAAGUUUUGCAAGAUUGUAUGGUGAUUCUCUACAAAUUUACAAAAUUGACACUUGGUCCAAAUUUUGAUUGCUACAUCUUUCUACAUAUGGGGAGGUGGGGGUAAUGACAAGUUCUAGUUUUUGUUAUUGCCCUUCCUUGUUGGUCUAGUCUUUUACUUUGGUGUUCAUGUCUGAAUAACGUUCCUUUUGUUAUCUGAGUAUUCAUAGUGUUCAAUAUGUACAGGGUACAUUUUAUUGUCACUUGUCAUUCUUAUCAUGUCAUUUUUGUGCAAAUAAAUUGCGUUUAGAGAAUGACUAAACAUGAAUAUGUUUUGUGUACUUCCUUUCAUUAGUUACGAUUUUGAUAUUAUAAAUUUAAAUAACUUUGCAUCGGCAUUUUUCUUCCGUUCUAAAUACCUGGUGAUAAAAUAGCAAUACUCUUAAAUUACAAAAACCAUCACUGGUGAUUAUCUUUUAUAUGUCAUAUUGUAUCCCACUAUAGUUUUAUAUGUAAGACUUUGUACAUGUGCUACUGUUUAUAUGGUGCUAAUUUCAUAGGACCAAGGAAUUUAUCCCGAUAUAAAAGGAGCUGAAUAUUUCCCUGCUCUAAAUUGCACUUAAAAUUGAACUCUGUUUAUAUGUGUUUAGAUAUGUGACUUAAUACUAUGAGAAAGUGAUAUUAGAUCUACAUUUUUACUGGUUAUAGAUUCCAUCCUUUGAUUUAUUUGUAAAACACAUGUACCAAAACCAUGUUUACUUAGUUAGCCUUUUUUCAUUGCUUUAUUCCUGUAAUGUAUUUUGCUGUGUAUUCACAAAGAUGAAUAUAUUUCUGAGAGAAUAUUUCAAUUAAUCUCCAUAUUAAUGCAGUAUUGCUAUACAUUUACUUGUACAAAUUAAAUUUAAAGGAAUGUCUAUAGGAUCAACCAUUUAAGGUAAAAGGAACAUUGUAUACCAUGUUGUGUUUCUAUUAUUUUUGCAAACUAUGUUUGUUUUAUUUUACUUUUCAAUGAAUGCCACCCAAAACUGUUAUUGCCUAUGUUAGGCAAAAAUGUAUGAAUGCAUAUCUUAGUGUCUAAAAUGUUGAAUAGUUGAUGAAAGAACAAAUGCCAAAAAACAUACAAACAUACAGUAGUAUAUGAUAUAAGUAUUUGUAUAUAUAGUGUAAUAUAUAAUGUAAUGUAAAUGUGGAUAUUAAAUAUGGAAGAUUAUUUAAUGAAUAUUUGUUGUGAGGUUGUAAUAUUUUGCGUAGAAUGACCUGAUCAACUGCUUUUGAUUUGUUAUGACCUGAUAAUAAUAAGCAUCAUGCAAUUUGCUGUUCAUAUUGAUUUUUAUUCUUGUUUUUAGUUAAGAAAUUCUGCCAAUCAAAUAUUAUGUUUUUUCUUAAUUUUAAACUGAUAAUACUUUGAAAUUAUUACUGCUUUUUAUGUCAUUUUAAAGGUAAUCUUAUUUGUAAGAUAAAACCUUUAUUAAACAAUUGGAAAUCAUGUCUUACUUAUUUACACAUGAACAUUAAAGCUUGUUGUACGGGAUACCUAUGUACUGCACUCAGGGAAAGACUGCCUAAAUGUAUGUGCAUAAAGUAUCGGCCCAGAUUAGCCUAUGCAGUCCACACAGCAUAAUCUGAAUUGACAUUUUCUGCCUAGAUUGGAUGUUGUUUAGAAGUAACAAAACAUUCCAUGUUAAAGGGGAAGUGUCUUCCCUAAUUAGCCUGUGCAGACUGCACAAACUAAUCUGGGACAAUACUUAACGCACAAGCAUAAAGAGUUUUUUUCCCCCAAGAGUGCUGCUAACAUGGUCUGUAUAAUUUUAGACCUGCACAUACAUUAUUGUUGUAAUGUAUGUUUUUCAGCGCUUUAAAAAGUCUAAAAAUAUUUAUUUUGAAUAUUUUCAUAUUUUUGUUUAGUUUAUUCAGUUCCUGGCAUGUGACAGUUUAUAAAUAAUAGAUCUUCAAAUCCAA